CAGCUAAAAAUGGGAGCUUGUUACACCCUUGUAGCUCUUUCCCUUCUCUUUGCAAUCGCAGCACAGCUGGGUACCGCUGAAGUUCACUACCAUAACUUCGUGGUUCAAGCAAAACCAGUGAAGAGGCUGUGCAAAACCCACAACAUAAUAACCGUGAAUGGCCAAUACCCUGGCCCCACUUUGGAAGUGAGGAAUGGAGACUCUCUAGUCAUCAAAGUUGUGAAUAGAGCCAGAUACAAUGUCACCUUGCAUUGGCAUGGAAUACGGCAGUUGAGAACAGGAUGGGCAGAUGGGCCGGAGUUUGUGACCCAGUGUCCGAUAAAACCAGGAGGAAGAUACACAUACAGAUUUACGAUUAAAGGGCAGGAAGGGACAUUGUGGUGGCAUGCUCAUAGUUCAUGGUUGCGGGCCACUGUUUAUGGAGCCUUAAUCAUUUAUCCUGAGUUGAACAAACACUAUCCAUUCAACAAGCCCAAGCGUGAAGCAACCGUUAUCCUCGGAGAAUGGUGGGAUGCAAAUCCAAUAGACGUAGUGAAUCGGGCAGCAAGAACAGGAGCAGCUCCCAAUGUAUCCAAUGCUUACACAAUCAACGGUCAACCUGGCGAUCUCUACAAGUGCUCCAGCAAAGGUACUGUGAUAGUUCCGGUAGCCUCAGGCCAGACGAACCUCCUCCGAAUUAUUAAUGCUGCACUGAACCAGGAGCUUUACUUUGCAAUUGCUGGACAUGAAUUGAUAGUUGUAGCUGCAGACGCAUCUUAUACUAAACCAUUCACAACAUCUAUACUAAUGAUCGCUCCUGGUCAGACCACUGAUGUCCUUCUUAUAGCUAACCAACCACCUGGUCGCUAUUACAUCGCUGCACGUGCCUACGUCACUACUCAAAAUGCCGCUUUUGAUAACACCACAACCACUGCUAUCCUCGAGUACAAAUCUGCCCCUUGUCCUUCUAAAGGAUCUUCCACUACCAAAACCUCCAAACCUAUCUUCCCAUCUCUACCAGCCUACAACGAUAGUGGCCCUGCCACUGCAUUCGCAGCUGGUAUACGAAGCCCAUCACCUGCACCUGUCCCCAACAACGUUGAUGUCAACCUCUUCUUUACUGUGGGCCUUGGUACCUUCAAUUGCCCUCGUGGCCGUACUUGUGGUGGUCCAAAUGGAAACCGCUUCACCGCCAGUAUGAACAACAUCUCCUUCGUGCUUCCAAGGAACCUUUCCAUGUUGCAAGCCCACCAGUUUGGCAUCCCAGGAAUCUUCACCACUGAUUUCCCAGCAUUCCCACCAGUUCAAUUUGAUUAUACUGCUGCUAACGUGAGCCAGGCAUUGUGGCAACCCAUUCCAGGGACUAAGGUUUUCAAAGUAAAGUACGGUUCAACAGUCCAGAUUGUGUUACAGGACACUAAUAUAGUUACUGGGGAGAAUCACCCUAUUCAUCUCCAUGGUUACGAUUUCUACAUCCUCGCACAAGGGUUCGGGAAUUUUAAUCCACGAACAGACACCCAAAACUUCAACCUCAUUGAUCCACCGCUUAGGAACACCGUUGCAGUUCCCGUCAGUGGAUGGGCCGUCAUCCGAUUUGUUGCUGAUAAUCCAGGAGUUUGGCUGAUGCAUUGUCACUUGGAUGUUCAUAUCACAUGGGGCUUGGCCAUGGCUUUGCUUGUUGAGAAUGGAGUCGGAAAGUUGCAGUCCUUGGAGCCUCCUCCAGCUGAUCUGCCCCCGUGUUAGAGAUCAAUAACAACCGCAUAUGGCUGCUCUGCAUCACGGCAUUUUCACAGCCUGCUUGCAUGCCUUGCCCCACCUGCGACUUUUUACCUUUUUAUCUUUUUAUGUAUUUGUUCUUCUUAUAGUUGUUGUUGGUGGUGUUGUUGUUGUCAUUGUAUCCCGUGUGUGAUUUAUUACUAUUUUUCCUAUAUUGAGAGCCACGGGUAAAUUCUUAGUCCUUUUUU